CUGUACACUCUCGUCAACACCCCCACAGGACGAUAAUGGUACGGUCGGCUGCACUGUCAAAUUUCAAGGGCAGUUGCAUGUGUGUCUGUCUCUGUCCCGUCUAACCUGCAAGUAAUACUUUCAGCAUGCUGUGCAGAGUUGGCCAAAUGCGCAGGUGUGCAGCCAGCCUCAGCCAAACUAUAAACCAGGUAGCUGCAUCAAGACAGAAGCACACGCUCCCUGACCUGACCUAUGACUAUGGUGCCCUGGAGCCCCACAUCAAUGCAGAGAUAAUGCAGCUGCACCACAGCAAGCACCAUGCAACAUAUGUCAACAACCUCAAUGUUACAGAGGAGAAAUAUCAGGAGGCACUAGCAAAGGGAGAUGUGACAGCACAGGUUGCCCUCCAGCCUGCUCUAAAGUUUAAUGGAGGAGGCCACAUUAACCACACUAUCUUCUGGACAAACCUCUCCCCAAAUGGUGGUGGCGAGCCACAGGGGGAGCUGAUGGAGGCUAUUAAGCUGGACUUUGGCUCCUUCCAGAAGAUGAAGGAGAAGAUGUCUGCUGCUACAGUGGCAGUGCAGGGCUCGGGCUGGGGCUGGCUGGGUUACGACAAGGAGAGUGGAAGACUCCGUAUCGCUGCUUGUGCUAACCAGGAUCCACUGCAUGGAACUACAGGUCUCAUCCCCCUCCUCGGUAUCGAUGUAUGGGAGCAUGCCUACUACCUUCAGUACAAAAAUGUGCGGCCGGACUAUGUUAAGGCUAUCUGGAAUGUCAUCAACUGGGAGAAUGUGAGCGAGCGUCUACAGACAGCCAAAAAGUAGAACAUAAUCCUCAAAUAUUCCCUUUCACCCAGACUUGGACCUGGGUCAAAUAGUAGUUGCAAAUAAUUUUUCAUUUUACAUUGCUUGGAGUAUCUGAGUGGUGGCAUAUUCAGAUUUACAACAGUUUGGACUUUCAGAUGUUCAGCUGCAUCAACGUUGAUUAAGUUAACUUUAAAAUAUUUAGUGUGUGUAUGUAUGUAUGUGUAUAUAUAUAUAUAAUUAAAGGUUGAAGCAAACUUAAAAACUUGUUUGCAAGUGCUUUAUUAUCUCAGGUCUGUACCCGACCUCCAUACUUUUUUCAAGCGCACAAAUUGACCACCUUUCACAUCAAGGCUGGCUAUUUUUAAUUACACCCAAAUAUUGGCUGCCACACAUGUAAACUAAGUGUCAGAUAACCAGUGUAUAUUCAGUGAGCUUUGUCUUUGUCAGAAUAAGUCACACUGUAAUCACAAAAUGUUAUUGCAGUCCAUGUUUUUGAUGUAAUAUAAUAAAAUGAUAGGAUUUAAAUUAUACAA